AUGCCGACCUCCUUCACACGAGUUGCUCGUGUCCCUCGGACUGCACUUCUCCGAACCUCAAGGCCUCUCGCUACCACCUGCAGGCGCCAUUCAACGCUUUCUAAUGCGACCCCAGGGCACAGCGGCAGCAAUGGGCAGUCAAGUGUCAAUUCGGACGAGAUUGCGCACUUCUCCAAACUCUCGCAGACGUGGUGGGAUGAGCGCGGCGAAUUCGGACUCCUCCACCGGAUGAACCCCGUGCGGAUGGAGUUCGUCCGCCAGAAAGUGCUCGAGAUUCAGCGUGAAGACGGCGAGGAGGAUGUCAACGAGGCGCGCCCGCUCACUGGGCUGGAUGUACUGGAUGUUGGGUGUGGUGGGGGAUUGCUCAGUGAGGCAUUGGCGAGGUUGGGAGGCCGGACCCUCGGUAUUGAUGCAACCCCCUCAAAUAUCGCCAUGGCCUCCAUGCACGCCGGCGCGGACCCCUCAUUCUCAGCAGGCGCGUCUUCGAAAGGCAAGGGCACCCUAGCGUACGAACACACAUCGGUGGAAGAUCUUCUCGCGCGGCGUGGUCCCCAGUCCUUCGAUGUCGUAUGCUCGAUGGAAGUCAUCGAGCACGUCGACAACCCCCGUACGUUCCUGUCGAAUUGUGCGACUCUGGUGAAGCCGGGUGGCCAUCUCUUCCUCUCAACCAUCGCGCGCACACCCCUCUCGUACGCGCUCACCAUCCUCGCCGCUGAGCACCUCCUCCAGCUCGUCACUCCCGGGACACACACCUACUCCAAGUACAUCAACCCCGACGAGCUCGCCGGUUUCUUCCUCGAGGCCCCCGUCACCUCCGACGCGCCAGAGACGGAGCGGCCGUGGAUAUCGCGCCUGUACGGGGGUCGCCCCCUGCGGACUGAGGCCGAGAUUUGCGGGAUGGUCUACGUGCCGUGGAAGGGCGAGUGGACGCUUGUCCCCCGAGGCGCGCCAGGAGCGAGCGUGUGGGCGGAAGGGUGCAACUACAUGUUUUGGAUUCGGCGUCCGCUCGUGGCAGCAUAA